AUAUACUGGGCGGGGCCGGGAGGCACAGAGCUGCCCCGGGUUACCGAGCGCUCGCCCACUACUUGGCAUAGCGCCGCGUGGCGCACGCAGUAGGAGUCUGUCCACUGCUGUCCGGAAAAGACGGGCUCCGGGGACCCGGGCCCUGGGGCAGCGCGAGGCUGGCGGUCGGGACUCCCCAGAUCCCUGGAAACGCGCGCGCCUGGCUGCUGCUGCUGAUGAUGGUGCUGUGGGGCCUGGGGCCCCAGGGCUCUGCAGAGAGUCCCUGGGGGCUGCCCGUGGUAGCUGAUGGCCCGUCCUCCUUAGCAAAGGUGGUGAUGGCAGAACUGGCCCACCUGAAAGUAGAUGACAAGCCAUGGCCUGGAGGGACUCACUCCCUCCACUACCACUAUCUGUUCCUGUCAGAACCAGGGCCAGCCCUGCCCCCAUUCCUGGCUGUGGGCUACGUGAACGACCAGCCCUUCAUCCGGUUUGACAGUUAUGAGGGUAGGGCCAAGCCCCUGGCCCCAUGGAUGGCAGCUGUGGACGCCCAGUACUGGGAGAUGGAGACCCAGAAGCACCGGGCCUGGGCGAAGGUGCAACAGGUGGAGAUGUGGAGAGUGAUGGGCUACCACAACCAGAGCAGCGGCACACACACCACCCAGCGCAUGUUCGGCUGUGAGAUCCAGGAGGAUGGUGGCUUCAGCAGUUUCUGGCAGUUUGGCUAUGAUGGGCAAGACCACCUGUCGCUGGACCUGGAGACUCUGAGCUGGGUGUCCUCCCACCCUGUGGCCCUGCAGACCAAGCGCAGGUGGGAGAUGGAGCGCUGCUACGCCGAGUAUGACAAGGUCUACCUAGAAGGCCUCUGCCUCAGCUCCCUGCGCAGGUACCUGGAGCUGGGAGGCCACAGCCUCACUCGCAGAGAGCCACCCACAGUGCAGGUGACAAGGCACUUGGCCCAGAACAGGGACACCACACUGAGGUGCUGGGCAUGGGGCUUCUACCCCCGGGACAUCUCUGUGAGCUGGUGGCUGGGCGAGGAGGAGCUGAGCCAGGAGACCGAGUGGGUAGAGACGCGGCCCAGCGGGGACGGCACCUACCAGACGUGGGCUGCUGUGCGGGUGCCUCAGGGGAAGGAGACUCAGUACAGCUGUCGGGUGCAGCAUUCUGGCCUGAGCCAGGCACUGACUGUGGCCUGGGAAUCGCCCUCUCCUGCUGGCCUCAUUACCACAGUUCUCUUCUCCAUUCUGGCCACUGUCUUACUAGGAGUUGGAAGCCUCAUCUUGGUCAAAUGGUGUCGGCAUGCCAGGAAUAAGGAGCCUUACCAACAAGCCCCAGGUGGAGAGUCACCUUAAUUCCAAAAACCUUCCAAGAGCAGGUUUAGCUCAGCUCCUCUGCUAACUGAUGUGGGUGGUGUCUGGGAACUGGUGGAUUACUAUCAUGUGUGAUCUUACUGAGAAGGGUCGCUGCCAAACUGAGCCUUCCUCCAGCCCAUCAGCAGUCUCCUGCGGAGUGAUCUGUGCUUCUAAGGCAGCUUUUCCAGCUUGCUGAAGUCCUUUCAGAAGAGACACUGUUUCCUGUUUGGGACUGAAGGGGACGGCAGUAAUAACUCCUAAGGUCCAUCUCAUACCCGACAGUUUGCAGACUGAUUUUAUGUCAAGUGUAAAUCCCACUGGAGCCUCUUGGGCACCCUGUGAGUUUGGCACUGUUAACUCUCAUCCCCACCUCCCCAACAUGGACACCGAAACUCUGGGCCGUCGAGCAAGAACCAAAACAAAGAGCCAUGGGAGAGCAUCCUGAACCCAUCUGCAGCACCAGGAACAAACAGUUAAAUGCCUACCUUUUGAUAUGUAUGCUCUUAUAUGAACGUUUGAGAGAUUCACGUUUGUAAAGAUUAGAAUAGGGGGCAGGGGGCUGUGGAUGUGUGUUGUAUGGUAAGGACUCAAGGGUAUGUGUGUGGUUGGGGGCUGGGUAAGGACGUGAAGGUGAGGGUGCGUGGCUGUGGCCGUCAUUGUCACAUGACCUUGCUACCUGCUGUUACAUAAAAGAAGUCAGAGGGACAGGUGCCCAGGAUCCCCCUUGGCCACUGGAGGCUGGCAACCAGCACUAUCCAUGUUCCCCUUCCAGUCCUUUCCAAUGACCUGGAUGUUUACAAUGAGUACCUGUUACUGGGAAUACAACACAAGGAAUUCAGUAAGUGUUUGAAUAAUAAAGAUGUUUUAUUUUUAUAGUU